CCACCGUACUUUUCAGUUCAGUUUCUCUUCUGGACCACGUCGCUGUCGACUUCACCGCCCGGUUCAGUCCGAGUUUUCUCCGCUCUUUGACAGCUCCAGAUCCGUGUCCGUUAAAUGCCGUAGUGACCAGUAAAUGUUUCUUACCUCUCAAGUGAUCAGUAGCGAGAGGUUUUGACCGGUCGUGAAUACUGUGUUUGGGUCGUUUCAGUGUGAAAAUUUCGCUGUGCUCGCCCAUUGGAUUAAUUCAUGUUGUGCACAAGACUGUGACUUGAUUUCUAAGAGUGGAGUCAAAAGUGGCUCCGCGGAGUGUGAGGGAAUAUUAUGCGCCUGCCGUCCCCAGCAUGCUGCGCGCUAUACAUCUGUACCUCCGUAAUACUCCUCAUCCUAUCCAAAAGUAGCCCUUUGGGUCGAUCUCAAUAUUCCCUCUGGAAUGUGACCGAACUAACGGACGAAAACAUUUGGCACGAGUUUUUUCUCCUGAGCAGCGAUGGGGACAAUUCCAGCUCAAUCGUGGCACCCUCAGCCAACAGUAAUAGGACCCUCCCUCCAAAACCAACCCUCGAGCAAUUAGAAAAUCAAACCUUGCGGCAAUUCGAAAUCCUCAAAUUAAAUUAUUCGCGGCUUUUCAACGAAGUGGACAAUGAAAUUCAAAAUGAUCUCCGGAUCGGUCGCCAUUUACCGCGGAUCGUGGACAAGGCAUUGCGUUUACUCAACCUCAAGCAAGUCGUCGAAGAGAUCGAAACCAGCGUUAUGUCCAAGGUCUCCUGCACCGCUUGUAAAGCCGGUGCUGGUCUUCUUUUGCAUUACAUCCGCAGUGGGAAAAGUGAAACUGAUAUUUUGAAAACCGUGUACCAUUUUUGCGUGACUCUCAAACUCCAGACGCCUCGUGUGUGUGAAGGCAUAGUCAGAUUGUUUGGGGGAGAAGUUGUGUAUGUAAUGAAACGCACCACUCUAGGACCAGAAGAAAUUUGUAGUUUUAUAAUUGGUGAUGCCUGUGAUGAAGUGGAUAAUCCAACCCAUGAAUGGCAAGUUGUCUUCCCACCUGUACCAAAACCAGCUCUAGUUGAACCAGUAGCACCUAAGGAAGGCGUUGCGACUUUUAAAGUUCUUCAUCUAUCUGACACUCACUUUGAUCCAUACUAUGAGGAAGGAUCCAAUGCCGAGUGCAAAGAACCAUUAUGCUGUAGGCUUACCAAUGGUCCAGCUCUCACUCCCAGUGCUCGAGCUGGCAGAUGGGGUGAUUACAGAAAGUGCGACACUCCUAAAAGGACAGUGGAUCAUAUGCUCCAACACAUUUCAACAACUCACCCAGAUGUAGAUUACAUCUUAUGGACAGGAGAUCUUCCAGCUCACGACGUAUGGAACCAAACCAGAGAAGAAAAUUUGAUGAUUCUGAAAGAAACUGUUGCUCAAAUGGUAAAAUUUUUUCCUGGAAUACCCAUUUUUCCUGCUCUUGGUAACCAUGAAGCAACCCCGGUAAAUAGUUUUCCUCCUCCAUCUGCACCCAGUGAAUUUUCAAUACAUUGGCUUUAUACAGAGUUAGAUAAUCAAUGGAGACAGUGGCUGCCAGCGUCUGUCUCAAGAACCGUCAGACGCGGUGCUUUCUACAGCGUUUUAGUUCGGCCUGGAUUUAGAGUCAUCUCAGUUAAUAUGAAUUAUUGUAACAACAAAAACUGGUGGCUCUUAUUGAACAGCACUGAUCCUGUCAAAGAGUUACAAUGGUUCAUUUAUGAGCUACAAAGUGCAGAAUUCAGCGGAGAAAAAGUGCACGUAAUUGGACACAUACCACCUGGACAUAGCGAUUGUUUAAAAGUCUGGAGUAGGAACUAUUAUUCAAUUAUCAACCGAUAUGAAUCAACAAUAACAGCUCAAUUUUUCGGUCACACGCACUUUGAUGAAUUUGAAUUAUUCUAUGAUGAAGAAGAUAAAGGUAGAGCUGUUAGCAUAGCAUAUAUUGGACCAUCUGUAACUCCGUACAAUGAUCUGAAUCCUGGAUAUAGAAUAUACUAUAUAGAUGGUGAUCAUGAUCAGUCAACUCGAACUGUCAUUGAUCAUGAAACCUGGGUAAUGAAUCUAAAAGAAGCCAACUUGUAUGAUUAUCCGAUUUGGUACAAAUUGUACAGCACCAGAGCAGCAUAUCAAAUGCCUUCGCUGUUACCACACGAAUGGGAUUCUUUUGUAAACAAACUGGCAGAAAGUGACAACCUAUUCGAGCAAUAUUUUAAGCAUUAUUGGAAAAACUCUCCUGUAAGACCAAGCGUGGAUGCUGAAGGGAAAAAACGAAUGUUGUGUGAUCUUCGAUCAGGUCGAUCACAUGACCGCAAACUCUUGUGCCAGGAAAUAGAGAGUCGUAUAGAUGCUAACUCAAGAACAGGAUGGCGUGCUUGGAUUUACAAUGGCCUCUCCUUAUCGUUUCGGAUAUUGGUAAAUUCUGCCUUGCAACUUACCUCUUUCACUCGAAAGUCAUUCAAUGUGUUGUAUGACUAUUCCUUGGGAACUUGACUGUGAGUUGGCCCUCACUUUCGAGAAUGUCUGUGAUUAUGGCGAUACCUGCAUUCACGUAUCAGAUACCAAAAUACGUCCUUGGUUUUGGCUGAAUUACCAUGAUGUCAAGCCACUGCAUAACAACUUACCAAAGCUAACUAAGCAGCAGGUAUUGUCAAAACCAACCUGCUGUCUGUGAUAGUCAAUUUUUGGAGUUUUGCAAUGAAGAUUUCCACUUGGUUGUAAAUCUUUGUUGCAAUACUAAGUUAUGUUUUCGAAAGCUAGUGAAGGUCAUUCUGUUGAUGAUGUUUGAAGAUCACAAAGGCUUCCAGUAUGGUGCAUUAUCCUGUAUUCAAUUCCUAACAGGUGCCACUUCUCAAAGUGAUUCGGUGCAUAUUAUAGUACAGGUUACAACAUAAUGGGUCAGUGGUGCUAGAAAAUUUCAUCGCUUCAUAUCAAAGUAUCAAAUGAGCUGAAUUUAGAGCAUUCAUCACAAUUUUUUCUGCUAUGGGAACAUAGAAAAAUUUGCUUUGAAGUUGAGAAAAUGGACCGUCAUGUGAUGUCACUGGGCAAUAUUUCUUAUUCAAACUCAUGUAUGUCAAAAAAUCUAUGCAUUUAUUCACAACUAUUUUAAUACUUGUCGUCUUAUUUAAAAACUAAGAAUAUUUUCAGUGUCAGCCCACCAAGUAGACUUAAUAUUUUAUCCAAAACUGUCAACAUUCUGAUUUCUGCCACUGACCUACUCUUUUCCUCCCUGUCAUUCUAUGUGUUCGACCAUUUUUCUUAACCACUGCCAAUAAAAAGUAAAUUUGAAAAUUAAAUAAUUAUCUCAAUCAUCUGUUUCUAGAUAUGUAUUUAAUUUUGUGAAGGUCAGAUUGGUGUAUCCAGAUGUAAGUUGUUCAAGGACCGAAAAUUUGUUAUUAAAUUGUUGUUCAUUCAUCAGUGGUCUUGGGAAUUUGGCAACCUUUUCAGUUGUCAAGAUGUUAUGUGCCAUAUUUGGAGUCUUUGAUUUAUAUGUGUUAUGACUCUCUCGACUCAAUUGUUCGAGUCAAGUUGCUAGAAGUAAGUAGUGACAUGUGCUCUACCAGGUUUCUUUUUUCCACUCGGUUACUGCCUUAUUUCUACCGGGUAAUCCAAGAGAGCAAAGAAACUGCUGUUUUACAUUCGGACCAAAUUGUUUUUUUUCUAAAUUUUGAGAGUAAGAGAAUUCUUUUCAAAAAUUGCCACCAAAAGCCGAAGUAUGAAAUUUCAUUCACCUGUCCAUCCUUGCACUUGUAUUUAGCAGAGAGAACAUACUGUAAAUCAUAGGUUCUGCAUUAAUUCUUUGCACCAAAUCUCACAAAGUUGUGGCUCUCAAGAGGAAGAAAGUGUGGUAUUUGUUCCACACUUUCUACCUAGACUUAUCUCUAAAAAGUACGUUGUAAAGGCUUGAUUUGAAUGCAGACAUCUGAAAGAUAGAAAAAUCCAUAAACCUUGUUCCUAGCCUUGUGGCUACUGGUGAGCCAAGUGCAAAAAACACCAGGGGACCAAAGGCUCCUGUAUGUCUUCAUUUGUAUCAAAUUCCCAGAUAGGUUCAUUCAGAGCCCACUGCAGUGUUCCGAGCUUUCACCCAGAUGUAAGCGGAAACAUUCAGUCAAACAAACUCUCGAAAAAAGGCAUCCCGGUGUUUAGACAGGUUGAUUUGGUUUCAUAUAAGUUGAACUUUUUCAUCUACUCACGCAGAUUGUUGUUGAGUAUCUGUGUAUGAAAAGGGUAAACUUAUCUGUAACAGAAUUAAACAUAUGGUUUGUGAUGUACAAUUUUUUUAUUUAUUUAAUUGAAGUAAUAGAUCUGUAUUUUAUGUUAUCAGAUCUGAUUAUGGUAUAACCUUGAGCAUAUUAGGCCUUGCCCACUCAAGAAGCGCAGGCUGGAAAAAUUGGUUCCACGAACUGGGGGUCCUUGGAAUAAGUUAUAGGUAAAUCAUAACAAAUUCCUGGAACAAGUUUGGCCAAAGUUCCUCGAACUGUGCUCGUGUGGACAAGGCCUUAGAGUGUCCAAUCAUUAAGUUAAAAUUAGUAGGUUCUAUUAUGUCUUGAUGAGAUUUUCAAUGAGUUUAACGUUUUUUUUUUUUAAAAAAAAGACGAAAAAAAACUUUAUUCUGCCAAAAACGAUUUAAUAUUUGAAGUGAGUUGGUUAUGUAACGUUGUGAAGCAGUAUGUCACUUUCUGUUUAGAACAGGCAGUUCUCAUGGAGAAGGGAAAAGUCUCAUCCCCAGCUUAAUUUUCUAUCCCAAAAGCUGUGUAACCCUAAGCACAACCAGUUAAAUGAGCAACUGUGGAGGAAACUCAGGACUAAUUUUUGUUACCAUGAUUAGAAGUCGAAAAUACAUCAUGCUAAAGUCGAGUCGAUUGUGACAUCAAACAAACAGUAAUGUUCGCAUGUUCUGUUAGAUGUUGAACAAAUGCCUUUCGAAAUGUUAAGGAGUUUGUUUUCUCUCAGAGAGGCUUUAAACUAUUUUUUAUUUCUCCUUCAUUCAAGCAACCAAAAUUUCCUUUCCCAGAAAGGCAAAGUCAUUUAAAUUAGUAUUCCUCUAGAGCGGCUAAACAUGAAGAAAAAAAAAAAUCCUAAAAAUGUAUUUUCUUCAACUUUAUUUGAAACAGAGCAAACUUGCUGAAUAUGCCAAGAACAGCAACUCAGGGACAAGUGUACCUUUCAUCCAUUUUUGUGUUAUUUUCAUCCAGUAUUGAGUGUUUCAUCAGACUACACAGGAGUGCGAGUUCAUAUCUUUUGCAGUUGUUUCAGUUUCAUUUUUAUCCUUUUUCAGUAGAACGUAAUCAACAGUUUAAAAUUCAUCUUAUGACAUAUUGUCUUCAAACCGAUGGCAUGAAUGAAUGUCCCAAAGCAAAAGUGAUAUCUAUACCUAGAGAAUUUUGAAAGGGCAUGUAAUUCAUAUUGAGCUUUACAAUUUGGAAUAACAAUGCUUUUCAACUUUCCUAAUAUAGACAGAUCACCUCCGCUCAAUUAUCUCCAAAUGUGUUGAUGCUGAGCUACGGAAUUAAUUUAUUUAGCUUUAAACAAAUAAUUUUCUCUCUCUAUUUUUGUUUUAUUAUUUUGUUGUUUUGCUUAAUUUAUUAUUAUUUUUCAACUUUGUUUUUCUGAAGAUUUUUGGAUGCUUGUUAUUACUUGUUAUGCAUUAAAUGCCUUAUGUUAAAAAAGAUCGAUGAAGAACAAACUCAUCAUUUUUAAGUUGAAGCUUAAACAAAAUGCCAUCAUCAGUUUACAAGAUGAAGACCCGAUUAUUUACAGGGUGCGUUAAAUAAGCGAGCCACCUUGAGUAUCUUGUGGAAGGAAUUUGAGAAGAGCUAUUUUCUUCUUCCGGUUUUUAUGUCAUGAGGUGAUGUGGACCAGGUUCUUCCCUUCCCAAUAUUCGAAUUUUCAAAUAGUAAACAUUCUUUUCGGGUACACCAUCCAUUCUGCCUCAAAAUAUCAGUUACUGUAAUUUAAAAGCUUGCAUACUUUGAUUGGCUGACAUUUCAAAACUGCCAUCAGAAGCAUUAUACCUUGCAUUGCUUCUAGAUUCAUCUCACCUCUUUUUUUUAUGAAAUAUCUCCCAAUGCUGAGAUGAAUGGUUUCUCUUAGGGGCAGGCAAGGUGAUAAAUUUUGUCAACAACAUAAAUCGUCGGAUUUGAAACCGGAAAUAAUGUUUUUGGAAGUGUGCAAUUGGAGAAAUUAACAUUUUUUUUUGCAAAUCAAACACCAUUAAAGAGGAGUUAUUAAUUUUUUAAAGGUAGUUGGAAAAAAUGCUCUACUAGGCUUUAAAAUUCAUGACCAUUAGUGCAAUUAUCAAGGUGGCUCAUUUUUUUACAAACCCAGUGCAUUAUUUUUAAGGGCUUCUACUUAUUUUCUAUUCUAUUGACUCAUAAUUUUUAUUUUCCCCUCUUCCCUUCUAAAGUUUGUAAAAAUGUAAAUAAAAUUGUACAUUUUUAUAAAUAUAUUUGAAUCUGAAUACAGAAUUGAAAUAAGCAA